UUUGACGUUCGUUUCUUCAUUUUCAAUUUUUCAUACAUAUAUUUGCAAAUCGUAUUUUUAAUUUUUGAUGGUGUAACGUUUACAUUAUAUGAAUCUUAAAGUCACAAUCUAUAGCUAAAGUCUCUAAGAAUUAAACACCGAUAGUAUAUUUGUGGGGACAGACCGAAGAUUUCAAAGUAAAACAUGUCGUUGUUUCGUAGACCAAAAAAGAUUCAGAGGCGUAUGUUUUGUGCUGAUGACGACGAAGACGGCGACCCUGAGCCGCCGCCGCCACCAGUUAUAAGUAACAAUAAGAAGGAAAACAAGCCAGUUAAAAGCACUACGCUUUUAAGCUUCGCUGACGAAGAGGAAGAGACUGAGGUGUUCAAAGUGAAGAAGUCUUCACAGAGCAAGAGGUUGGCCAAGCGCAGGGACAAGGAGAAACGCAGGGUACCAGAUGGUGAUAAUAAUAAAUAUGACAAUCAUAAUGAUGAUGUCGUUCUUGAACAACCAGCCGAGGACAAAGAAAAGGAAAACCCAAAACAAAAGAAGAAAGUUACACUGGAGGGGCUGAUUUUAUCCGGUCGGGCGGCGCUCGCGGCCGGCGCGGGGGACGUGUCGGACAGCGGGGGUGAAGAGGGCGCGGGGGAGGACGAGGAAGACAGUAGGGGGUUCCACCGAUACCGCGCGGAGUCGGUCCGAGCGGCGCUGGCCGUGGCUCACUCGGGCCACAUCCCCGAUGCGGCUCUCAUCCACGCGGCGCGCAAGACGCGACAGCAGGCUCGCGAGCUAGGCGACUUCGUGCCGAUACACUCCGAGAACGCGCCGGGCUCGCGGCUGAUCCGCGACGACGACGUGGACGACGAUGACGACGAGGACGGCAGGAUACAGGUUCGCGGCCUGGAGCUGCCGAGUGAUAAGCCUAAACGUGGUACAGCAGCUGCAGCCUCUGACGAAGAAAUAAACAGUGAAGCUGAAGAAUGGGAAGAACAACAGAUGCAGAAGGCCAUGGCUUCUGUUCCAGAUAUAACAGGCAACGGUAUUGAGCUGAACCCGUUCGCGGUGGCGCCUCCGCCGCCACAGCUGGGAGACACGCCCUCGCACCUGCGUUCGCUCAACGCGCCCGGACACCCGCCGCCCGCUACUGCGCAGGAACUCGUCGACGCACUGCAGCAUAGGUUAAUAGAGCUACAGACGGAUCGGCAAGCGACUAUGAACAAGCGGGAAACUUGCAAAGAACGCCUGUUGAAUGCGGCUCGAACUAGGGAGUCUCGCAAAGCGCGCUGCGGUGAACUGGACGCGGCGUACCGACGCGCGCAGGCCGCUCGCGGGUACAUUACCGAUCUGGUCGAGUGUUUGGACGAGAAGAUGCAGGAGUUGGAAACGCUGGAGGCGCGAGCGCUGGCCAUGCAUCGUCGUCGCUGCGAGUUCCUCGUGGAGAGACGGCGAGCGGACGUGCGGGACCAGGCUCAAGAUGUUCUGGCUUUAGCAGCUCGCGCUGGCGCGGCCAAGCCAGUGGACUCGGAGGAAAAGAGACAACGUGCGGCCGAGCGGGAGGGAAGGAGACGGGCGAGGAGGUUAAGGCGAGAGGCCGCGGGAACCGCUUCUGCUCAUCGCGACGGUGACUCCAGUGAUGAUGAGCUGCCUCCCGCGCAGACUCACCACGCGCAGCAGGAGACAGAAACGAUCCGCGCGCUUUCCGAUCGAUUGUUCGCGGACGCUUUGACCGCGUGGCGCGACGUGCGCGGCGUGUGCGCACGCAUGGCGCGCCUGCGACGCCGGCAGCCCACGCUGUACAACGACGCUUACGUUGCAGAGUGCUUACCCAAGCUACUGGCGCCCUAUGUUAGACACCAGUUAAUAUUAUGGAAUCCGCUGGCGGACGAAGACAACGAAGAUUAUGAGAAAAUGGACUGGUACAAAUGCCUGAUGAUGUACGGCGUCAGAUCAGAGAAGAUAGCCUCAGACUCGGAUGACUCUUCUUCCUCGGACUCUGAAGAGUCCCGCGGGCCUCCGAGAGUGACGGAGGAGUCGGUGCGGGAGGACCCUGACCUCAUGCUGGUGCCGACGAUUAUUGAUAAGGUUGUGUUGCCGAAAGUUACUGAAAUCGUGGAGCACGCGUGGGACCCGAUGAGCGUGCGCGCGUGCGUGCGCCUGCGCCAGCUGCUGGUGCGCGCGUGUGAGCUGCCCGUCCACUCCGCGCUCGCGCGCCUCGCGACCGUCGCCCGCGCCAGGCUCGCGCAGGCUCUCAACGCGGACGUGUUCCUACCCGCCUUACCUCCCCAGCUGCAGGAGGGUCCGGGCGGCGCGUUCUGGCGGCGCUGCCUCGGCAGCGGCGUGCGGCUGUUGCGCGCCGCGCUCGCGCUGUCGGCGCCGCCGCCUGCGCUGAACGCCAACUCGCUGGUUCUUUCACUCAUUGAGACCCUCUGCUGUGCGGCGGGCGCGGCCCCCGGGCCUCAGAUCGCAGGCGCCGCGUCCGCGCUGGCAGACACGUUGCCUCGCACCGGGGAGCUGCGCGCGAAGGCGCUGCGCAGGCUGGCAGCCCUGGCGAAGCUCGCGCUCACGAGGUUGCAGAGUGACAACCCUUUGCAUUUAAAAGCCCUGGAGCAGGCGAGGAGCGUAUUGGCAGAAGCGAAGGCCGUGGAAUGACGUCACGAUAAUGCAGCUGAUCGGUUUAGUUAACAGAAUAGCUAUAGAAGUGGCCAAGGAGUAUGAUGUCUAGUGAAACAUCAGUGUGCUGUUGAAAGAACAGACGUAUUUGCAUAGAACUUUAAUUUGCGUUGCGUUUCGAAUUAUCUAAAUAUAUAAAACGAAAAGCUGAUUGACUGAUCUAUCAACACAGCUCAAUAAAAGGCAUGCAGAUGUGACAUAGACAUCCGCUAAGGAUUUUUCAAAAUUCAAUCCCCAAGGUAAAAUAGGGGCUUGUGCACGCAGACGAAGUCGCGGGCAUAAACUAAUUUUUGUUGCAAGUUUAUAAAAGUUGAUGUCGCUGUUGUCUAAAUCUUAAAGACGGCAGAUGCCAUUUCUAUUAUUUUAUUUAAAAUUCAUUGGUUCAUGUGCCACAGGGCAUAUUAAGAACCAAUAAAUUUUAAAUCCUAAAAGCGGCAGAUACCAUUUCUAUUAUUUUAUUUAAAAUUUAUUGGUUCAUGUGCCACACGGCUCAUGAACCAAUGAAUUUUAAAUCUUAAAGGCGGCAGAUACCAUUUCUAUUAUUUUAUUUAAAUUCAUUGGUUUAUUGUUAUUAAAUAAGUUAGAUCAUCAUAAUAAGUUGUCUUUUCAAUGUAAGUUUGUGUAUGAACAAAGUUUUUCGAUAUAUUAUAUUAAGUUGAUUGUAAAGGUUAUGUAUACACGCAUAGCGAAUUUUGUAUUAGACACAUAUCUUUACCAGCAAAAAAGUUUAUAAUUACUAACAUUUAACCGUUUUAAAUGUAUUUAUUUCAGCGAUAAACCUAAAGCCACAUUCACAAUGCUAGUUAAUUCAAUCGGAAGAUAUUUUGAUAUCUAAUGUAGAAUAGAAUUCAACAAAAAAAUUGAAUUUUACAGCUAUAAUAUGUAAUAGUGUUAAAAUAUAUACCAGAACAGAUGCAAAACUGAAAUAAAUUAUAUGGAACAAUA